AUGAAACAAAUAUAUAAAGAACAAUUAAUCAAUUCAUUUAAUUUAUUUUUUUCAAUUUUAGGUAUAAAAACACAAAUAAUAUAUUUAUUUAUAUUAUAUAAUGAAAAAUAUCAAGUAAUAUUUUUAUCUAAUAAAAUAAUAAGUUUUCCUUCUUUUUUUUAUUUAUAUUUAUUUUCAAAAAAAAAAAAUAUUAUAAAUACAUAUAUUAAUACUUUAAAAAAUAAAAUAUUAUUUUUUUGUAUUAAAUAUAAAUUAUCUAUAGAAUUUAUUGGAAUAGGAUAUAAAUUUUUAUUAAAAAAUAAUUUUUUAUAUUUUAUUUUAGGUUACAGUCAUUUAAUAAAAAUUAAACUUCCUAAUAAUUGUAAUAUAUAUAUAGAUAAUAAUAAAAUAUUAAAUUUAGUUUAUUCUAAUAAAUAUAUAUUAGGUAAUAUAUUUUAUAUUAUUAAAUCUUGUAAUAAAUUAAAUGUAUAUAAAGGAAAAGGAAUAAAAAAUAUUUUUGAUCAAUUAAAAUUAAAAUUAGGUAAACCAAAAAAUAUAAAAAAUAAAUAA